CUCGAGCAAACAAAACAAACCUGUCUGCCUGCAACCAGGAAACAAAUCAAAGGGUGCACCAAGGAAAGAGAGCGAGAGACGGAGACAGAGAGAGAGAGAGAGCGAAGGCGAGGGGGGACAUCGACCCGAAGGAAACCAAGAAGAAGCAGACUCGUUCUGGCCGAUGCAGAGGACACGUUUCCGCUGCGUUAUCUGGCGGAGGAAUGAGAGGCUGCAAACGGAGCGCAGUGGCUGUCUGGAGAGGCCGUAAUCCAACGCGCCGCUGGUUGGAGGCUGCGACGCCGUCCGAGGAUUGUCGAGUGGAUCAAGCACGGAUGCUGUUCAAGGUCACAAAAUGUCCACAGGACAAUACAACUUCAAACUUGAGGCGGUUUGAACAGCUGCUCCUGUAUUUGCACGUUCAAAGUAGAGCUUUUACAUCUCUCAGAACCGUGGGAGCUUCACCACUUACUGUCGGGCCUUUUUACGCUUUUUCUUAAUUCCCUUCACCUCACAAGAGCAGAACGAUGGCGGCGGCCGGUUCGCCAGCCUCCCCGAGCCCGGAAUCGAGCCCCCGGCCCCCCACCAGUGGAGAUCGGCUGCUGGUGGACAAACUCCUCAAAAGACUGGUUAAACUCCGCCACCUGUGCGCCAACGCCCGGCUGGGCCUGAGGCUCAGCCCGCCCUACCUGCCGGAGCUGGUGUCGGACACAGCGGCGCUGCUCACGCAGGUGUGGGAGCCCUACCGAGGCCCCGGGGCGGCGGGCGGCCGGGCCCCCCGGGGGGACGAGGCCGAGUACCUGAGGGUCCAUGCCCGAAACCUGCUGGAUAAGACGGAGCGAGCUCUGCUGCUGUUCAAAGAGGGGCGCGAGAAGAUGUUUGACGAGACGUCCAGCUGCAGGAGGAACUUGACCAAACUGUCGUUGCUGUUCAGUCACAUGCUCUGGGAGCUGAGGGCCGUGUUUCCAGGGGGCGGUUUUCAAGGUGACACUUACAGGGUGACCAAGGCCGAUGCCCAUGAGUUCUGGAUUUCUUCAUUUGGAAAUAAGUGUAUAGUGCAGUGGAACAGUUUCAAAGAGAAGCUGCAGAGUGUCCACACGUUUGAGGAGGGGAUGGAGUCCAUGGCCCUGAAGUCAACGAUAGAUCUCACCUGCAGUGACCACAUCACUGUGUUUGAGUUCGACAUCUUCACGCGGCUCUUUCAGCCGUGGGGGUCUCUCAUAAGGAACUGGAACCAGCUAGCAGUGACUCAUCCAGGCUACAUGGCCUUCCUCACCUAUGACCAGGUGAUCGCUCGUCUGGAGCACUACAUGCACAGACCUGGCAGCUACAUAUUUCGCCUGAGCUGCACAAAAUUGGGCGAGUGGGCCAUUGGCCACGUGACCAGGGAAGGCAGCGUCGUCCAGACGAUACCCCAGAAUACCCCCCUUUACCAGGCCCUCGUUCAGGGCUCCCGGGAAGGCUGCUACCUGUACCCAGACGGCCGGGACGGGAACCCCGACAUGACAAGCUUGUAUCAAGCGGCCCGGCAGGACAAAGUCAAAGUCACGGAGGAGCAGUACGAGCUCUACUGCGACAUAGGCAGCACCUUCCAGCUGUGUAAGAUCUGCGCAGAGAGGGACAAGGACACUCGGAUCCAGCCCUGUGGGCAUCUCCUCUGCCAACCCUGCCUCACAGGCUGGCAGCAGAAUUCAGCCGGCCACACCUGCCCUUACUGUCGCUGCGACAUCCGAGGGACGGAGUCCGUCCUCGUGGAGCCCUACCGGCCAGGCAGCGGUCAGAGCGAGGAGGACGCUGAGGACGACCACGAGGAAGAGGACCACGAGGACAUCGAACUGAUGAUCAAAGAAAUGGCUUCCCACAGGAAGCAGCAGUCAAGCUUGGAUUACCAGGUUCCCGUGUCGGGCCUCGCCGCUCCAUCUCUGCCCCCUAAAGCCCGCACGAGCCCAAAAUGUCCAGCUCCCUCCGGCCUCCAGACACCAGAAACCAGGACUCUGGACCAACAGUCCCGCGCCCGCCCACAGGAUCAAAGUGGCAAUGAAGGACGUAGAAGAGAGAAAAAACAGACAAAUAUGAAAAGCAGCACUGAAUUAAUCCCACCAGCAACGUUUUUGUCUCCUCCUCGGAACAGUGUUGAGGGAGGGGCAGCGUGGCUCAGACCCUCCAGUCCAGUCAAACAGGGACAACAACGUGGAGAGAGGGAGGAAUGGAAAGAGGCGCUCAGAGACGACGGAUGUGACCCGGCAGAGAUGACGAGACGAAUGUCCUCCUCAUAGAAAAGCAUCCUUGACUAAAUAAAGAAUACUUGGUGACUAACAUAUCUCAAAUCCAGAAACGGACCCCAUUGAAUGUUGUUGAAUGUUGAAUGUUGUUCAAUGUUGAAUGUUUGCUUUCACGUUUAACCUUAAAUGACCUUAUAUUCAUCCCACGGCUCAAGUCGUGAUGAAUGAGAGGACAUUUGCUAACAGAGGCCUCCUGCUGUUCAACAUUUACACUGCAAUUAUCGUCUUAAAAGGGGUCUUUUAAAAGGUGCAGAACUGAUAUAACUGAAAUGUUUUUUCACCCUCAAUGAGAUAAUAGAAAUGAAUGAAAUGUUGUAUAAUAUGAACAAACAAAAGGGGGAAACCGCAGAGUGAAAAUUUGAAAGAAUAGAAAUACACUACCUCAUCAUUUAACCCAAGUGUGUUCCUAUGAAUGAGGGAGUGAGCAGAGAAAGGCCUCUUUGUAACUACAUCAAACUGUCUUAUAUUGUAUUAAAACUGUAACUGACAUA